CUCCACUGGCCGCUGCACCGCGAUGAGUGCCCGCUCCACUUUGUUCUCUGCUGCCUCGGAGGCGAGUUGGCGGACGUGUUCGACACGGCCACGCAGACGGCGAGAGGGCACGAGGGCGAGCUCGAGAUCCGAACUCGUGUGAGCGAUUUGUCGUGGCGGGCAAGAGGGUGUAUUGUCUCCGAUGCGCCAGAGGAGGGAGCACCGCUGCCGUGGGUAAAAUUACGGCCUUGUAGGUGGGGCAUGAUUGCGCGUUGGCGUCCGCAAAGGGAAAUAACUCCAGAGUACUGGCGAUGCGACCGCAUCUCUGCCUCGCCCCAUCAUGCGCUGCCCCGACGAGAAGGAGGUGACGGCGACGUGUGCCCGGCGGACGCGCGCCAUCAUCCCGCGCAGGAGGAAAAGAAGUAG